AUGACUCCUGGAAUUCGUGACAGCUGGAUUACGGCUCUUCUCCAAAAUAGGCAUAACCCAUCACCUACCUACACGGAAACCUGCGCAUCAAAUGACGCAAUGAGUAUGGCCGAUAGCUCGGAUAUCCUUGGAAUGCCACUGGUUCGUAUUCAUUCUGAACUUGAUUGUUCCAUAUCUCCUUGCACCAACAACCCGAAUAGCAAUGUCUUUAUCUGGAUCUUAACCAGAAAUUAG